AUGAAGCGCACAUUGCAGCAGCUGGAAACCGAUGGCGGCAAGUGUGAGCUGCAUGCACCCACACCGGCGCACACCCCUGCUCCGGCCUCUCCGCCUUCGAAGCGCCCAAAGACACAGCACCAGCCGCCCAGUCCCUUCUACUAUGACUCCGACAACGCCAUACGGCUGUGGCAGGAAGAAGUCGCAAGCGAAGGAGAAGGAGUCCCAAGCAUGUCCAACCACGACAUCGAGUCCGAGGGCAUUGCCACGCCGACAUUGCGACCGUCGACCCAGCGCAGCUCCACCCGCCGGUCGCGUUCCUCGAGUCCUGGAAAGUCUGUCAGCGACUGGAUCUAUCGCAGUCAGCAUCUCCACAAAGCCAGCAUCGAGGUGGGCACAGAUUGGGAUGCUGUGCCGCAGCACUUGCAGGCAAUCAUUGAUGGUGCCGUCGGCAAGGCUGGACGUGAAGCUGAAGCCACUGCCAACGAGCAGCGCAUCCAGGCCAUCGCAGCACGAUACCAUCGCGAAUCACGCGAUUUGGAUCACCGGCCGGUGCGUGAGACUGAAUGGUCCACUCUCGUCCACAAUCUCGUGCGAGACAUCGCGCAAACUUUCCACCCUGGCGAACUCCAGCUGCACCAGGGCACAGAUUGGAACGAAGGCCUUAAGCCUCCGACCAAGAUCUACAAGGUCCCUCUCUUAAUUCCCUCGAAACGCCAACUACCUUCGCCGGAUGGCUCGGCCCCAAAAAGCACACCACAGCCGCCCGCACCGAUCAGGUUCGACAUUAAGACGCCUCGCCCGGAUACUUCAGUGUCACUUGUGUGCACACCUGCCGACUUGGCGAUAAGCCAGACACUGGAGGCGCUGCAGGUCGGUCAGCAGCUGAUUAGCGACCCGCAGGGCCAGGGCGGCGUCUUCCCCUUCUUCGUCAUCGAAGCGAAGACUGCGGCCACCCAGGGCACGUUGUAUCAGGCCCAAAAUCAAGCGUCGGUGAGCGGCGCUUGCGCAAUCAACAUUUUAAGGAAGCUACAGCAGCUCGUCGACUCGAACUCUGAUACGCCAAUUGGUGAUGCUCCAAACACCAAGGCUGCAGGUUCUGAGACACGAAGCAAUGCAACGACAGGUGCCGAUGCUGCAACCGAUCCACCCUGCCAUGAAACUGCGACGUCCGUCCCGCCAAGCAGCGAGACCAGAGAGCCUGGUGUUCCUGAGCAUGGUGUUGCGAAGUGUGGUGUUGCUGGCGGCAAUCUCGACGCAUCCGAGAUCCACCCCGCAUCAGAUCAGUCCACCUCAAAUCCCUCUCCAUUUGUGACGUUCUCUGUCGCGACACAGUGCUCUAUACACGAAUUGUGGGCGCACUUCUGGACAUCCAUACCCGGUCCUUGUUCCGUAGCAACUCCGCCGGAUCCUGUAUUCCCUAUUCUGUCAACGAGCCCGGCUGCGGUCUACGGUACUUACGGGAUGACGAAGCUUGCGACGUACGAUAUCUGCUCUCGCCAUGGCGCGAAAAUUACCGAAGACUUGGUACGCGUGAUUGUAGCGGUAUUGGCAUGGGGCGCAGAUGGUUUUAAGAGAAGCUGUUGGAAGAGAGUUGAAAAGAUAGGCCUAGAAACCUGAAAGUAGUUUUAUAAAGGAGAUUAGAGUAAUUUCGUACCUUUCCAGCAAAUGGUUUAGGUCGGAAAACAGUAGAGAGCAUUAUAAACCGCCGGUUGGCCACUCGUCUCGCAC